UGAAAUCAGGUCAGUAUCAAGAGGGCACAAAUUCACGACCCUUUGAGAACAACGGCAUGUUCAGUCAUGGGAAUUUAAUGUAUUAAAUGUACAUUUAUAGACAAUUAUGUGUGUAUCUACUGAUGCCAUGCUGUGCAUUGUUUCAAAUAACAUAAAUGAAGAACUAAAUAAUGAUAUUUUGGAGAAAAUAGGAUAUGAUCUUGAUAUUGAUGAAAUAAUAUCUGUUUUAUUUUUAAUGAUAAAGAAUUAUGCAUAUAGUUUUAAUGAGGUUUAUGGAUUAUUGCAAAAAUGUAAAGACAACAGAUCUCAUGUACUUGUUGAAUUUAUAAAAAAGCAUCCAGAAAAUUGGAAAAACAAAUUGUUAGAAGCAUUGUGCAUUAUACAGAAUAGACACAUUAUACGGAAAUUAGGAAUAUCAUUUAAGGAUUUAGAAUUGUUAUAUUUACCAAAGAAUAGUUUGUGUUCAAGAUCUGUGAAUUCAGUGGCUAAAUGUUUAUAUUUAUUAUGCGAAGCACUUGCAGAGAAUAAUAUAGAAUAUUUAGUGGAAUUUGUGAAAAAUGAUUUACCUGAAUAUGAAGAAAAUUUCAAGGAUACAGACUUCCUGGAAUUACAUAUAUUAUAUUGGAUACAACGAAAGUAUAUUUCAAUUGAUUUAGAUGGUAAAGUAAAUCUGAAGAACUUACUUAAACAUUUAAAAAGAUUUGAUGAUUUGGAUAUUAUUUAUGAAGACCUUAAAAGGUAUGAAGAUAAUCAGAAUGUAUUGGAUGUACAGUAUGCAAGUUCUACUGCUGUAUCUCAGUUGCAAAUGUUUUCUACAAGAGAAGAUGUACAUAUGUUGUCUGAUAUUAAGGAGCAAGGUAUAAAAAAGUUGAAGAAUGGCCUUUGCAUCAUUAUAAGUCAAAUGGUUUUUAUGGGACAAAAGUAUGAAACUCGAUUUGGAAACUUGGCUGAUUGUAAUAAAUUGUCAGAAACAUUUGGAGGUUUCAAUUUUCGUGUUGAAGUAUUUAAAAGUUUAAAAAAAGAUGAAAUGCUGAAAAAGUUGGAAGAUAUUCCAAAAAAAUUUGGUAUUGAUUAUGAUUGCAUGUUUUUGUGCAUUUUAAGUCAUGGUUGCAAAGGUGGUAUUAUUACUUCUGACGAGGAAACAAUUAGUAUUGAAACGAUUGAACAUAAAAUUUGUUCUCCAGAAUUGGCAGAAGUUAUUAAAAUAGUUGUUAUACAAGCUUGUCAAGGAGAAGUAGCAGGGCGUGUUGAUGACGGUCUGUCUACAGAUGGUCCUACGAAUUGUGCUCCCAAUAUUUUAGCACGGAAAAACUUCUGUUUAUUUAUGUCAACAAUUCAAAAUUUUGUAUCUGUACGUCAUAAAACGGAAGGGUCCUGGUUUAUUCAAGAAUUUUGCAAUAUCUUACAAGAAGGAGGAGGUAAAAUAACAUUCUUAACUGCAGUUACAAAAACAAUAGGUUCUGUGAUACAAAAGAGAGGAAAAUUAAAUGGAACAGAUUCUAUUGCUCAAUUAGCUGAGCUAAGAUCAUGCAGAUUAGUUACAGAUUUCUUGUUACCGGAAUAUCAAGCACGCAAAAAAAAUAAUUUACAUCGUAAGUUUUAAUGUUAUGUAAUUAUUUGAUACAUAUUUUUUAUUGUAUAUAUAGAGAAAAA